GCAUCCAGAAUAUACUCUAAACCCAGCCAUACCAUCCGCAAGUCAUCCUCAAUUUCCAUAAAUCUGAAGAUGCAAGUCUUUUUGUGCCGAGUGUGAAAUCUUUGCGUGGUCAUGCUUUGGCACAUCCAGCUCACUGAGACAGCGAUCGGCUCUGAGGUGCUGCAGAUGCUCCGUUAAUCUUCAUCCUGCUCCUUCAGAUGCACAGCAUGUCCCUCACUGCUGUGCUUUCAGUGCGUUAGGAUAGCACCAAAACACAGCUUAGUAUCAAAAGGAUUUCCUUCUCUCUCUCUCUCUCUCUCUCUCUCUCUCUCUCUCUCUCUCUCUCUCUCUCUCUGAUUGUGCAUCUAGUGUUGAAUCUGCAACCAUGCCUCGUCCUCCUCUUUCUCACCUCAUCAUAGGCUCCUCUCUCGUGCUCAUCACAUUUUCUAAAGUUCUUAAUGGGAGUCCAACACCUCUGUCCAACUCCUCUGCUUCAUCUCAACCCAUUCUGGAUGUUUCUGUUGGUCUUGAACAUGAUGUCCUUCGGGAUACAGAAAAUCCUGCCAUGCCUGGUUUGGUAGAAAGUUCCCAAGAGAGUUCUGGGUUCUUCAGUGAGGACAGUGAGGAGAAUAAGGGUCCUCUGGCAUUGCGGAAGUUGGAUGUUCAGGCAGAGUUCAACUCCAGUCUGGAUGCUGAUUCUUUGAUAGGUUAUAAUCCAUCCUCCACUCGUCCUUCAUCUCUCACUCUUCGCAAGGAGCCCAAGAAGCUUAAUUCCUCUUCGUCUUUCUUCCUCCCUGCGGUUAAAGCUUCGGACCCAGAACAGUGGCGGAGGGAAUUUGAGGCCAGUGGUUUUCCACUUCAUUCUUCCUCCCAACUGUCUACUACAGCUGCCGCCCCACUCAUACACUCCUCCGUCACAGACACACUCUCCUCCAUCACUGAGUCCAUGGCUGGGUUCUUUGGACCAAACAACCCCCUGCCUGAGGCCACAACUGGUGCUGACAGCACUGAGGAGGACUUUGGUGAUGUAAGAGAGAACAUCCUCACCCAGGCACCUACCAUUCCAGAAAUAGGGGUAUUCCCUAGCCAAAUGCCCUUACAGCCUGACGAUUCCCAACAGGACGACUCAGAGGAACAGGACGAAAAUAAGGAAACUGUUUGGAAGCCACCUUCUUCAGCAGAUUCGGACAUGCCUACUGUGGCCUUCACUAACACUGAGACAGCCUGGAAUGAAGCAGAGGAGGCGUCAGAAGAGUCUGAGCUUCGGCAAGGAGGCACUGAUUAUCUGCAUGGUUUCCAAGAAGCAUCGCAGGUAAUUUGUGUUGACUGGAGCGAUCUGGCAGGAAAAGGCUAUGUCAUCCUCAACAUGUCAGAGGAUUUUGAUUGUAAUACAUUCCGUGUGGAGCGUGGUGACAGGCUGCUGGAGAUGCUGGAGAACACAUUCUCCAGGAAGAUGAACAGUCCACAGGGCCCGUGGCUCAUCUCGCUUAGCAAACCCACCAAACGGGAACACCAGCUUCUCAUGACACUUGCCAAUGAGCAGGGUGUCAUUGCUACUAAAGAUGUCCUGUCAAUACUGGGAGAAGUAAGGAGAGGAUUAAACAAGAUCGGCAUUCAGAACUUCUCCAGUGUGAGCGCGUGUCACUCCAGGCCCAGCCAGACACGCAGCGAUUACGGCAAACUGUUUGUCGUGCUGGUGAUCAUCGGCUCAGUGUGCGUGAUCAUCAUUGCAUCUGGGCUCAUCUACAUCUGCUGGCAGCGCCGCCUUCCCAAAAUGAAGAGCAUGUCACAUGGCGAGGAGCUGCAUUUUGUGGAGAAUGGCUGCCAUGACAACCCCACGCUGGACGUGACGAGCGAUGGCCAACCGGAGCCACAGGAGAAGAAGCACAGCACCAAUGGUGUGCCAGCAGGCACCGGAGCUUGGCAGGGCAUGCCAAACAAGUCGGGCAAAGAGGAGGAAGACAAUCAGGAGGAGGAUACCCACCUCUAAUAAGGAGGAGAACAAAGGGAAAAAAGCUCAUUUUGUUAGGAAAGUAAGGUAUUCCAUCAGGGCACAGAAUACCACAGCUUUUUUUUUCCAACUACCUGCUGAAUAUUUAAAGUGAUUGUCUUUGGCUUGUACGGUCUUUUAUUUAUCUGCACCAGCGGCAGCACGUUCAUGUUCAAUCAAAGUGGCGUGGGUUGAUUCUUCAAUAGUGCAGGCGCAGAGAGGCCUCAGUAAAAUUUUAGCCGUGCUAAUUGAGGUGUAUUUUGUUACCGGCGCAAUGCUACUAAUCAGCCUUAGCUGUGAAGAAACGUAUUGAAAACCUGCCAGAUUUCGUCUCCAGUAAGUCUUGCACUGUCAGAACUCAACACGAUAGCAGUAUUUCGUAGGAUCUUAAUGCGUAAUAAUGUAUUUCAACUGGCUAUUACAGUACACGCAUAUCCUAUUAUUUUCUUUUGUAUGGAUGCAUCUAGUGCACUUUUUGAAGCAGUACAUUAGCGACGUGUGUCUUAACAUGGUGAAGUUGCAGCCAACUGGCCUUGCUCUUUAAUCGCUUGUCGGAAUGGCCUCUCUACAAACGAGAUGUUUUUUGUUUUCAGUGUCAUAGUCGAGGUUCUCGUCAAUGCAAUGCGACCCCUCCUCAGAGAGGUCUUACACAUAUUUACUGUAAAAAUUGCACUGCACAGGGCUUACGUUUGAAACAAGCAGUUAAACCUUAUUCUGAUGUCCUAAUGCCAAAAUGAAGAUUAAUGAAGGAACCUGUUUAAUACAGAGGAGUGGAUGCCUAUGAUUUGUGUCUAAUUUCAAUCCACUACAUCUCUAGUGUGUGUUUAAUUACCCCAGAUGAGAAUUUUGGCAUUUUUCCUACUGUGAAAAGAAAAGGAAAUUGUGUGAUUUAUAGUAGCUAGUCCACCUACAGGCCUGUUUUUAGGUGGGAGGAAACUGGAGGACGCAGAGGAAAUCCACAUGUACAUUACGGAGAAUACUGCACCGACCGUUUUACAGUAGAUGGGAUUCAACAACUGCCUUUGAGUACAGUACAAGGGGAAAAGUGUUGAAUUUCUUUUCUGUGGUAAUUACUACAGAUACAGUAAAUAGAUAUUAGGUUGAAAAACUCCGGAGUCUACCGUUAAUGAAUGACGGAGUUUAAACAAAGGCGAUUUCUAUAUGUACACACUUCAUUUAGUAUUCUAAGUGAAAAUAAGUCAGUUCGGUCACUUCAGCCUAUCUGAUAUUAAUCUGGUAAAUUAGUCACACUUUAUUUCACAUUGCUCUUAUUACUACAUAACAAGCAGUGUAAAAUAAAGAUUGGUUACAAUGUCCUGAUUAUGGAAAUAUUCAUUACAACAUGUAGCGACGUAUCUUUACCACAGUGUGUUGUAAAGCCAUACUUACAGCUAAAUAAAAUGAUUAAUAAAGGGUUGUCUCACUAUUGGAACGUACCUUUUUCAAAUGAACCAAGACAGGUAUUCCAUCAGGGAAUCAUCUACAGGAGUAAUCUCACCCAAAAUGUUUUCCAUAGAACCUACACCCAAAUCAUCUUGAAAUCUUCAACGUCUACUAAAUAAACAAAUUUUAAUAGCAGGGAUAGCCAAGAGUGAAAAAUGUAUUUUCAAAGCAGAAAUAUAUAGUCAGCUGCAUGAACAAUUUGGCCUGUGGUCAUUUGGAAGCGGGGUCAAGGUGGGGGAAUGAUAACAUCAGGUGACAAGUUCCAUUGAUCCAAGAUGGCUGCCUUCAUAAUGGUAUAGUGUUUAGCUACAUGGUGAAGUUUUUUUUUUUUUUAUAGAUUACAGUAAGCAAUGAUGGCUGGUCACGAAAUUAGAUGACCGGUUAAAAUCUAAUAUCUAUCAGUAUGACCAGACAAUGAAACUAUUAGGGAUGAGCAGUGCAUUCUAUCGCAAGGUCUCUUUGAGGGCAUAAUAAGAAUGAUGUGGGGCAAACUAUUAUACACAUACGCUUACAGAUAGUCAGCUGCAUUCUUUUCAAGCGCAUAAAGACUGGGUUCAUGUAGUGUUUCAGCAAAAGAAAAGUUCAUUUAAACCAAAAAAACACUAAACAUGCAGUUCUGUCGUCCGUUCUUUUGUGUAAUUUGGACAUUGUGUGCUUUGUGUAUCUAUUUUCAGUUUCUGCUUCAAGACAUUUUGGGGAGAAAUGAAAGCAUGAUAGAUAAAAUCCACCUUGUUCAUGUUCAUUACACUCAUUUUGCAUACGCCUUGGCUGCAUACGCUGAUGGUGUUACAGAUUUCUCAGUGAAGU